AUGGAAGAAUUUUCAACAUUCAAUAUUUUAAUAAAGCGAAAAGAAACCAGAACAUCUUCUGGGGUAAGUACAUCAGGGACAUCAGAUCCACCAGAAAGCCCGUCCUCUGUUGAUUUUGAAGAAAAAUCUUCAAGUCAUUUCCCUACAUAUUGCACCAGCAAUUUAUGUCAAAUUACUGUACCAAUUAAUAAAGAAAAUUACUUGAAAUUAUUUAAACCCAUAAGUGUCGACAAAUGUGAAGAAUAUAUCAAACUUAAUUCAAAAAUACGGUUGCUUUUGGCUAAUUUUGAUGACGUUUUGGAACCAGUUUGUGUAAAAGAUGAUUGCGCACACCAAGCAGCCACAAUAAAAUUAGGGCUGCCUACUUGUCGACUUGCAAGGAGAAGAAGGACUGAGCCACCUGUAACGUGAAAUGAGGAACAAUAA